AUGCCUGGCAUGGUGAUGUUUCGGCGGCGCUGGUCAGUCGGCAGUGAUGACCUAGUGCUGCCCGCCCUCUUCCUUUUUUUAUUGCACUGCGUCUGGUUGGUGGUUCUCUCCGUGGUUCUGUUCGGCCUUCCUUAUGGAUCAGACCAGUCCUGUUCUAUAACGCUGGUGGACCAUGGCAGAGGGUACCUGGGCAUACUGGUCAGCUGCCUUAUCUGUGAGAGCGCCAUCAUGUGGCUGAGCAUGAGAGGCAGCAUUUUGUACACACAGCCCAGGGAAGCUGUGCAGUACGUCAUCUAUAUACGAUUAGCUAUUCUGUUGGUCGAGCUAGUAUAUGCUGUAGUGGGAAUUGCCUGGCUUGUGCAGUAUUACCAACCAUGCUCUGAUGUCACAGCCAAAAACCUGGCAUUGGGAAUCGUUGCAUGCAACUGGCUUGUGAUAUUCAGCGUUUGCAUUACCCUCAUGUGCACCUUUGAUCCUACGGGUCGGACGUUUGUCAAACUGAAAGCAACACGACGGCGUCAGCGCAACCUCACAACAUACACGCUCAGACACAGACUAGAGGAAGGUCAAGCCAGCAGCUGGAGCAGGAGACUCAAGUUCUUCAUGUGCUGCACAAGAGCCCAGGACACACAAUCAGAUGCUUAUUCAGAAGUGGCAAGCCUUUUCGCAGAGUUCUUCAGAGACCUGGACAUUGUGCCUAGUGACAUUAUUGCUGGUCUGGUACUUCUACGUCAGAGACAAAGGUCUAAGAGAUCUUCUAUCCUGGACCAGGCCAACAAUGACAUUUUAGCCUUCUUAUCUGGAAUGCCUGUAACUCGUAAUACAAGAUACUUGGACCUUAAGAACUCGGCCGAGAUGAACAUGUACAAGGACGUGUGUUAUUACAUGCUCUUUGCACUGGCUGCAUAUGGCUGGCCCAUGUACCUUAUGAGGAAGCCUGCCUGUGGGCUGUGCCGCCUCGCCAGCUCCUGCCCAUGCACAUCAGUGUCAGGCUCUCGAUUGUCUCAGUCUGUGACAGUGGAAGAGGACAAUUGUUGCGGCUGUAAUGUCUUGGCCAUACGCAGACACUUCCUGGAUCGGGACCUCAAGCAGGUUCACAUUGUCUACACUUCCUGCCACGAUGCUGUCUAUGAGACUCCAUUCUUUGUGGCAGUGGAUCACGGGAAAAAGAAGGUUGUCAUCAGUAUCAGGGGGACACUAUCGCCAAAGGACGCCUUGACUGAUCUGACGGGGGACUCUGAACGUUUACCUCUAGAGGAACAGCAUGGCACUUGGCUCGGCCACAAGGGGAUGGUUUACUCAGCAGAAUACAUUAAGAAGAAACUGGAACAGGAAAUGAUCUUGUCACAAGCCUUUGGAAGAGACCUGAACAAGGGCACCAUGCACUACGGGCUGGUGAUAGUCGGGCAUUCUCUUGGUGCAGGCACUGCUGCUAUCCUCUCCUUCCUGCUGAGACCUGAGUACCCCACACUUCACUGCUACUCUUACUCCCCACCCGGUGGCCUUCUUAGUGAAGAGGCCAUGGAGUACUCCAAAGAGUUUGUAACAGCUGUGGUUUUAGGAAAAGACCUGGUACCAAGGCUUGGCCUUUCUCAGCUGGAGGGUUUCCGACGCCACCUUCUGGAAGUCUUACAGAAGAGUAACAAACCAAAGUGGAGGAUCAUUGCGGGAGGCACUAAGUGUAUCCCGAAAUCAGAGCUUCCACUGGAGGAUGAUGAUCCCCAGUCUCAGCCUGCGGCGGCCCCCCCCAGCAGUCGCCUGUGGCUCCACCCCAGUGACCUCAGCAUUGCCCUCUCAGCCUCCACUCCCCUCUACCCUCCUGGCAGAGUCAUCCAUGUAGUGCACAAUCAUCCCCCGGAGACAUGGUGAGAAAAUAGAUUGGAAUGCUGUGGCUGUGGCCAGGAGGAGCCGACCUACUCGGCUCUGUGGGGGGACAACAAGGCCUUCGAUGAGGUCAUCAUAUCACCAGCCAUGCUUAAUGAGCACAUGCCCCACAUGGUGAUGGAGGGCCUUAACAAGGUGCUGGAGAACUACAACAAAGGGAAAACGGCUUUGCUGUCAGCAGCCAAGAUCAUGGUGAGCCCCACAGAAGUGGACUUGAAUCCAGAGACGAUAUUCAUGGAUGCAACGGCGACUUCUCAGCAGCCGACGCCUAUAGCCCACCACCGCAGGAACAGUAGUGUUCGUUCAUGUGCCCAGUCUGAAAUAUCUCUGGAUGGUUUCGCUGAGUGCCCACCUCCCCCCGUGCCUGUAGUGCUGCGUGGAGCUCGGGAGCGGCUGACGGUGGAGCUGAGGGACCGAAAAGCGCCGCUGGCUGUCAUGGAGAGUCUCUCAGACGCCGAAUCCCUCUACAGCUUGGAUUCUCGACGCUCCUCAGCUGCGCUAAGGGGUUCGCCAAUGCUGAGUUGCCUCCCGUUCCCUUUGGAUGCGCCGAUUCCGGAGGAGAACCCGUCUCUCAGCUCCCGCACUGAGCUACUGGCCGCUGACUGCCUCUGCCAGGACACCCCAGAGCAUAUGGGCGAGGUUGGGCCCUUCUUUACCCCAAUGGAAUCCAGAUCCACCUCGGAUUACCCCAUGGGGCUGUCUCCCGCCACACCUCGCUACGGUGGACUCCAUUCUCCAACUCUGCUAAACCAGAGCGCUUUGGCUCAGCCUUUCAAGCCAGAGCUCAACGCCAACCCAACAAUGCUUCCUGAUGAAGAUCACCAACAGAUUCCGGGUGUGUACAGCCCAGGCAGCACUCCCAACACUCCCCUCAGCCCUCAGAUUGGUUCUAGACCAGUGGAUGGAGAUAUGGAAGACUGGGAGCUGGAGAUAGCAAAGAAACAAUUAAGUGCAGAGACCAGACCGGGAGCAGCUUCUACUCCUGGUAACCAACUAUCCAAUGGAAACCCCAGCCAGGCAGUGCUGGAGUUCGCCCAGUACUUAGACUCUCUAUUCAGACUGGACGGCAGCAGCUCGCCGCCUCUGGAGUUGUCCGACGGGGAGUCAGAGUCAGGCCGAGGCUCCUUCGGGCAGGGCGAGUGUGGACAGCAGUUUGACGACAAACAACUUCUGGCCAGAGCAACACUGGAGCCGAACCUAGUCCCCAAACCUCCACGCACUUUCGCUGGAUCUGCUGACCCCUCUUCAGGCAUCUCCUUGUCGCCCUCCUUCCCUCUCUCUUCGUCUGAGGAGCUCAACGACCUGUCCCCUGGCGAGGGCGUCUUGCCAGCCAUAGACUCGCUACGAACAUCCCCCCCUUGCCACUGCCCCGAAGAGAACACACUGUCCUCUAUGGUGUAGUGUGCUUCUAAGUGCAGUCAUCCAAAUUUGAGAACAUAUCACAGUACAUGCAUGCAAAAGAAUGCAGUCACUUAUCAGAGAUUCAAUGACAGAACUUGACUAUAUCAACCCACAAACUCCCUUUGAAGGAAGUCUAUAGCAUUUUCACACUAUUGCAAUGACUAAGGAAAAAAAAAAGAUACCUCUCUCUGCAUGCCAGGGGGCUGUGCUGCUUUUGGGUGAAUAUAAAAAACUGUAGCUUCACCAUGCCAUUCCAAAACAAUGCUGUCUCACCCAAGUAGGGACACGUCAGCGUUACAUCACUCCCCUGACCUAAGAAAAUCAAAGGGAGUAAAAGUUACCUGAGCAGGGAUUCAAAAAUAAAACUAACACUGUAGAAUAGGUUAGCAUAGGCACAUCAUCAGGAUUGAUGUACUGUUCAACUUCCUGCUCCCUCAGCAGCUCCGGAAAAAUGU